AUGCCAGAGUCCCCGCCGACGGCAUUGUUGCUCCGUUAUCCACAUUUCCUUCUACUUCGUUCAACUCCUGCGUCGCCACCCGCGUCUCUGCCCUCUCCCUCACGCACCUCUACCAAGUUCCAAAAGUCUUCCAUCGCACAACCCUUCCUUGAUAAACCUAGCCUCAUCGCGCCGCCGUUCGUCUCACCCUAGCCGCCCGUCGCGCUGCCCUCCUGUCUCACCGUGGUCGUUCGGUAAUUCUCUUUCCCGUCAUCCGUCCGUCGUGUGCGUCUACAGCUCGCCAGUGUUCGUCGCCAGCUCGCCAGUGUUUGUCUCGUCGUCCGUCGCUCUCCCUCAAGCUGCUCACUGCCCUCGCCGAAGAAAACACAACACCCCCUAAACCCAUCAGAGCUGCAGCCACCUUCAAACAGAACGUGUGCCAGCCCCCACCACUAUCGCCGCCAGCGGUUGCCAUCGUCGCCUCUCGAAGGUCUGCUCGGAGCUGUUGGCGUCUCCGUUUUUGUCCUCAUCGUCAAGCCUCUGUCUUCGAGCCCCCCCUCUCUCUCUGUCCGAGCAUACUUUCCUUCCUCUCUCGUCGUCACUUCCCUUCCUCCCUUGCCGGUUUGUUUAUUACAUCAGAGAAGACCGAUUGCCCAACAUUGAGGAGGGGGGAACAAUGCACGAGAGGCAUUCACAAUGGCAGCAACAAGAAGCAUUGGCAAUGCUAUCCUCCGAAACCACUCCCUCUGUUUCUCCACUGCUUCUUGUUACCGGAAACAGAUUUCCCUCGCCAGUCUCUUCCAGAGGUACGGUUUCCCCCCUUCCGAAAUUUCCCACUUCAUCUCCAACAACUCCUUUCUCUUAGAUUCCAACAUACCUGAACUUGAGAAAUCACUCGCCACUCUCUUCUCCUUCCGAAUUCCCCAAAAUGCCAUUGUCUCCCUCAUUCGCAACUGCCCUGCUGUGUUGGAACCCAAGUUCCUCCAAAACUGGGAGCAGGGAUUGUCGAAGCUCAAGGCCAUGAACCCUUCCUCAUCCAUGAUUGUGAACUUCUUGGAGUGUUCAAGAAGAUUCCAACUGGACCCGGUUGAGGCUUCCAAGAAAGUCGAGGCAUUGAAGGGCUUGGGAUUUUCUGAUGACGUUGUGUCGAAGAUUUUGGAGGGUUUUCCGAGCGUGAUUGCAGUGAGCAGGAGGCAACUUGCUUCUGCGAUUGAGUUUCUGGUGGAAUUUGGGAUUCCGAGGGAUGAGGUGGUUGAUCGAGUUGUGCGGUUGAACCCAAGGGUUUUGGGAAUUGGGGUUGAGCAGAGGUUGAAGCCCCUGAUUCGUGAAUUGGAGGAGUUAGGAUUUCCUAAGCACGAAAUUAGGACCGAGGUAGUUAGGGUGCCAAGGAUUCUGGGAAUGGAGAUUGGGGAAUUUUCACGGUGUUUGCGGUUGCUAGAGGGUUUGAAGUGUAGGGAAGCCAUCAAAGAGAGGAUUUUUCAGGAUGGUUUGCUGCGGGCUUGUUUUGAAGUGAAGUUAAAAGUGGAUUGCUUGUGCGAUCACGGAUUGAUUCGAAGUGAUGCUUUGAAGUUGUUAUGGAAAGAGCCAAGGUUGAUAACCUAUGAUGUAGAGUCCAUUGAGAAAAAGAUUGGGUUCUUGGUGCAGAGGAUGAAUUAUAGUGUUGAUUGUUUGCUUCAUGUUCCUGAGUACUUGGGUGUGAACUUUGAGAAGCAGAUUGUUCCUAGGUACAAUGUGAUGGAGUACUUGAAAGCGAAAGGCGCCCUUGGUUUCGAGGUUGGACUAAAGGACAUGGUAAAGCCAACCAGGCUUAGAUUUUACAAUCUUUAUGUCAAGCCCUAUCCAGAGUGUGAAAAGAUUUAUGGGCGGUUUUCUGGAAUUACCAAAGUUAAAAGUAAGCAUCCACCUGGUCUAUGGAAACUCUUUAAACCUCCCAAGUUCCUGACAACCGAUGAAGAUGCGAAGAAUUUGAAGUCAUUCAUGGACACACUGGUAUAGUGAUCUAAUCUGAUCCCUGUUAUUUGAUUGUUACAUCAUGGAUUUUUCUGAGCUUUAUCUAGAAUUGUCAUUAUUUCUCUUGGUUGAAUGAAUGGGUCAUGAGAAUCCUUCUCCUUACAUUCAUGCAGAAAUAGGCCAUCAUUUGCACCUUAGCUCAUAAUAUUUUUACUUGGUUUGCAACAAGCUUCAUGUAAAUUUGCAUCAAAGAAACAAUUGUAGUAAUAAUUCAUUUUAAGGAUUCUUAAUUUAGCAAGCUGCUAACUACAUUCUCUAGUUGCUUUCUUCAAACUGGGGAGUGUUCAAGUUUAAGCAUAUAGAUGUUGGAGUAGAAAGCCUAGAGGAAUCUCAUUUAUCAGAUUCUGAGUUGUAUAAAUUUGGUAACAAAAUUUAUUCCCACCAAUGUUAAGUAAGGAGUUAAGGACUAUUAUGAGUAUUUUCCAUCCUGCCCCAUAUUAAUGUAAUUCCUAUCUCCUACAAAUUUGGUAGACAGUAUUUGUUAGAUAAUGACAUAAAUCUUAACAUAAUUUUAUGCUGACAAUAUAUUUUAUU